GUCGCCCACAACCACCACCUCGCCAUCAUGUCCUCCUCCUUCUUCACCACCCCUGCCUCGCAGCGGAAACGGAAGCGAUCUGAAGCUACAUCCAGCGCUCCCAAGAGGCGCAACACCGACGCCAAUGCCCGCCGCGCCCAGCGAGAAGACUCUAUCAGCGGCAGCGACGCCUCCGACGACGAGGACGGACCCGUCUUUGACAAUGACAGCAACAGUGACGAGACUUCCGAAGACGAGAAUGAAACGGCCGCCGAAAAGCGCCUCCGGCUGGCAGAGCGCUAUCUGGAAAACAUCCGCAGCGAGGUCGAGCAAGAGGUGGGCUUCGAUGCUGAGCAGAUUGACAAGGACCUCAUAGCAGAAAGACUGAAGGAGGAUGUCGCAGAGGGCAAGGGAAAGAUCUACCGCUCCAUCGCCGACGAAUUGGACUUUGAGCGCGCAUCGCAUGCCGCUGGCUACUCGGGGCUGCAAAAGGCGAUAACAGGCUGUGCCGUCAAGCUGCCUUAUGCGUGGACUGUCAGCAAGGACCUCGUCGUAGAAAAGUGGGAGAUUGCCGACCCAAAGUCAUACGCGCCAGAUGCCUCCCGUCCGACCAACAUCACGCCGCGUAGAACUCCCAAGCGACUACUUUGGCGCAAAGGCAACAAGAACAAGAAGGGUGACAGGGCCUACCUAGGCCACACUGGCGAGAUUGUGUCCAUUGCCAUAUCGGAUUCUGGGAAAUAUCUUGCUACUGGCGAUAUGCAUGCCCGACUAAUUAUUUGGGAUGCCGAUACGCUCACGCCCCGCCAUUUGUUUACUCGCCAUCGCGAUGCUGUCCUCUCGCUUUCGUUUCGACGAGGUACCGACCAACUGUUUUCGGGUGGAGCAGAUCGCGCCGUCAUUGUGUGGAGUGCUCCGGAGUCUGCAUACAUCGAAACACUUGUGGGACACCAAGACGCCGUCAUUGGGGUUGCUGGUGGACUGGAGGUCAACCAAGAGACGUGUGUUAGUGUCGGUGCCCGAGACCGCACUGCCCGUCUAUGGAGAGUUGUCGAGGAGAACCAACUGGUAUUCCACGGCGAAGGCUCCAUUGACUGUGUUGGCCUCCUUGACGCCAGCUUAUUCGUUACAGCUUCCGACAAUGGCGCCCUCUCGUUGUGGUCAGUCACCAGGAAGAAGCCUCUUUUUACCUACCCACUUACACACGGCCGUGAUCCACCACUUGCGCCAGAAGAAAUGUCAGCUAACCACGACGCUGCUACUUCGGUCAAACCGGGACCGCGUUUACCGCGAUACGUUACCGCACUCGCUACGGUACCGUUUGCCAACCUUGUUCUUACAGCGAGCUGGGAUGGCUGGAUACGUGCUUGGAAAAUUACCGACGAUAAGAGGAGUAUUGAGCCGGUUGGAAAGGUGGGACGCGUGCCUCUCAAUGAGGAUGCAACAAUGGAUGGCAACACUGAAGAUGGUCCAAUUCUGAUCCGAGGCAUCGUCAACGGACUCUCAAUACAGGAACGAGGCGACAGGGGUAAAGACGGAUUAUGUAUUGUAGCAGCAGUAGGCAAGGAACCAAGACUAGCAAGAUGGAUGUCGGGUAAAGUCAAAAACGGCAUUUACGUUUUCGAAGUGCCGCGGAAAAGCCUAACUAAUGGCGCGGCUGAUGAAGAAGACGAAGAAGAUGGAGAGGAAGAAGAAGAAGAAUCAUAAUCCCGGGGGCAAAAAAGCGUCUUUUUUGCAUUUUCAGGGCGUUCCUCUUUUCUGUACAAUUCGCAUUUCCCUUGCCAUAACUCUAGAUACCAAAUCUGACAUUCUGCACUCCAUGGAGGCCAGACUAAAACCCAGCUUUCGAUCUUGCACUUAUGAAGACCCAUAUACUAUUUUCUCGACAUUGUCUGUAUCAAAGGCCCCAUCUAGCAUAUUUGCUCGCAAUUCCAGUUCUCCAAAGUAGUUCGGGCCCGCACUAUGCUUGAACCCUAGUUUGUCAAACAGCGCCAGACUACGCUUGUUGUCUUUGUCG